AGGCAGGGUGAAGAGAGAGAGAAAGAGAGAGAGGCAGAGCAGAGCAUUGGAACAGGGACUUCCCUGAGCCUCCAUCGUCUACAGAGAGAGAAAAAAAACACUCUCACACACACCGCCUCCCACACGCACACACGCGCGGACACACACACGCACACUGUGCUGAGAGCUAGGAAGGGGCUUUAAAGAGCUUUACACUAAACAGAGACAAAGGGACUGGAAGUUGCCACAAUGGAGGAAAACAUGGAUGAAUCGCAAAGCCAGAAAGGUUGUAAGGAGUGCUGUGAGCGCUGUGUGGGCAGUCUGCCCUGGGCCUCCCUCAUCGCUACGGUCCUCCUCUACAUGGGCGUGGCCUUGUUCUGUGGGUGUGGCCACGAGGCUUUGAGCGGCACCGUCACCAUCCUUCAGAACUACUUUGAAGUCAUCAGAGCCCCGGGAGAAACGCUGGAUGUGUUCACCAUUAUUGACAUCCUGAAGUACAUCAUCUACGGCCUGGCAGCUGGAUUCUUUGUGUUUGGAGUACUGUUGCUGGUGGAGGGGUUCUUCACCACCGGAGCCAUCAGGGAUCUCUAUGGAGAGUUCAAAAUCACCGCAUGUGGACGCUGCCUCACCGCAUUCCUCAUUUUCCUGGCCUACCUGUUCUUCCUGGUUUGGCUCGGAGUGACAGCCUUCACCAGCCUGCCCGUCUUUAUGUACUUCAACGUUUGGUCCAUGUGUCAGAACACCAGCUUGGUGGAGGGAGCCAACUUCUGCCUGGACCUGCGUCAGUUCGGAGCGGUGGCCAUCUCUGAGGAGAGGAAGGUGUGUACAGGAUCUGAGAAGUUCUUCAAGAUGUGUGAAUCCAACGAGCUGGACUUGACCUUCCAUCUGUUCGUGUGCACACUGGCUGGAGCAGGAGCUGCUGUCAUCGCCAUGGUCCACUUCCUGAUGGCGCUGGCGGCUAACUGGGGCUACCUGAAGGACGCCAGCCGUAUGCAGAAGUACGAGGACAUCAAGUCCAAGGAGGAGCAGGAGCUGCACGACAUCCACUCCACACGCUCCAAAGAACGUCUCAACGCCUACACAUAAACACACAAACACACACACACACACGCGCACACACACACACACACACAUACAUGCACACGCACAGUACAUGCAUGAGUGAAAAAACAACAAAAACCUACAUUCAAAGACAAAAGAAGGCAGGGAUGAGUUGAGUUGAUAAAAAUGAUGAAACACAGACACCAUGCAGUAGAUCAUUGGCUCAGGUGAUCUAUGCUAACACCUUAGCAUCCGCUAUGUUGCUUUUCUCCACUUUGAUUAAGCCAGACUUUUAGCUUUCCCUUCAGAGUGGAAACAAAGCGAGAGCACGGUGCAGCUGAUGGCAUCAUUACAUCAUUACUCAAUUGUAAGGGUUCCAAAAAUUUAAUCUGGCUGAAUCAACUUUAAGGAGUUCCAAAUAUUUCACUCCGAAGAUUUUUUUAAAUGUAAAGGCCUGAAUGGACCAGGCCCGGCCUCAGCCUUUUUGGGCCUUAAGCUUUCCUUCCCCUUCAACUCCCCAGAGUAGCUUUGCAGUGUGUCACGUGCAGCAACAUGAGCUGACAGUGGCAUGCCAUCACAGACAGAGACUCAAACAACCAUGGAGGAGGCAAAAAACUGGCAAAACAGCACAGUGCGUGUAUAAAAAAGCACCAAAACGUACAAAAUGAUAAGGGUUUAGGAAAAAGAUGCAGGGAACGGAAAAACCCAGAGAUCUGUUCCUAAUGUUAAUGUACUUUGUGGCCCCUGGGGGCCCUCAGCGUCUGAUUGGAUUGAUACGUUUGGCAGACUGUGCUUUUACCUUUU